GCGGCGCGAGCGGCACGGGGCUCGCUCCCGAGAGGGCAGGUGGGGGCGGGGAGUGGGCACCCGGGUUGCGGUGGGCGGAGGGGCCUGGCCUGCGAGGUCGACGCCUGUGGCUGCAGCGACCCGAGGCGAAAGGACCCGCCGCGGCUUGGUCUCCGGAGAGGGAGGGCCCCACUGCCGUCGCCGUCCGGCCAGUGCCCGGUGAAAUCAGCCCAGAGAAGUGAUGGGAUUUGCCCCAGGUCUUCCACCCAGCAAGCCAGCGCUAAGGAUGGGUGUUGGUGGAUGGUGAUGGUCAUUCUCAGUCUCGUGUAUGAAGGACAGAGCCCCUGGACUGCCAGGUUCCUCUCUGAGGAGGUGGAGGAGAAAUCCAUCAGCUGGAGCCUGAGCGUGGCCUGAGGGCCAGGCCAUCAGUCCCGGGAUGCCCCUGCCCGAGCCCAGUGAGCAGGAGGGUGAAAGCGUGAAGGCCGGCCAGGAACCCUCCCCUGAGUCCCCUGAGAUGGGCACAGAUGUCGUCCCCACAGCCCGCACAAAACCCAAGGAGUUCUCCAAAUUGAUCUUGCUGGCGGCUUCCACUGAGAACGAGGAUGGAGUGGACUCCCAGCCCAAAGGAGUGCACUGUGUCUUGUCCCUGGAGAUGUCUGGCCCUGACACCUUGGCUGGGACCCCUCAGAUCCUGCAAGUAGAGGAACAGGGAGGGGCAGUCCAGCCAAGCCCCCAGGUCGCUGAACAGAAACACAGCAAACCAGACACAGCAGCCCCCAAGCCCCUGGAGUUCCUGAGGACCCCGUUUGGUGGCCGACUGCUGGUGCUGGAGUCCUUUCUGUACAAGCAGGAGAAAGCCGUGGGGGACAAGGUGUACUGGAAAUGCCGUGAGCACACCGAGUUGGGCUGCCGGGGCCGGGCCAUCACCCGUGGCCCGAGGGCCACCGUAAUGCGGGGCCACUGCCACCCACCCGACGAGGAGGGCCUGGAGGCCCGGCGCCAGAGACAGAAGCUGCCCAGCCCGGCCCUGCCGGAUGGCCUGGGGGGUCCCCAGGGCCCUGGCUGCCAAGCGGAGGAGCCGCUGGAGGGAGUGGGCCCGUGGCUGUGCCCAGAGGAGCCAGAGCCCACCCCGGGGCUGGUGCUGAGCAAGCCAGCUCCUGAGGAGGAUGAGGGACUCCGAGCCCUGUCACUGCUGAGCUUGCCUCCCAAGAAACGCCCAACGCUGGGGACUGGAGACUCCAGGCCCCUGGAGUUCCUGAGGACCUGCUAUGGGGGCAGCUUCCUAGUGCACGAGUCCUUCCUGUACAAGCGGGAGAAGGCUGUGGGGGACAAGGUGUACUGGACGUGCCGGGACCACACACUGCACAGCUGCCGCAGCCGGGCCAUCACCCAGGGCCAGAGGGUGACCGUGAUGCGUGGCCACUGCCACCCGCCCGAUGUGGAGGGCCUGGAGGCCCGGCGGCAGCAGGAGAAAGCCAUGGAGACCCUGCAGGCCAGGCCAGGUGGUCCCGGGGGCCAGGUGGACAAGCUGCUCCAAGGUGUGGACAGCCUGCUUUACCGCCGGGGGCCCAGCACCCUGACUCUCACCAGGCCCCGGCCCAGAAAGCGUCCAAAGGUCAAAGAUCAGGGCCUUCCGGCCCAGCCCCAAGACCUGCAGGGAACCCUGGCCGAAGACCAGGACCAGGACGAGGACCCGGGAGGCCCAGAGUUCCUGAAGACCCCUCUAGGGGGCAGCUUCCUGGUGUACGAGUCCUUCCUGUACAGGCGGGAGAAGGCGGCCGGGGAGAAGAUGUACUGGACAUGCCGGGACCAGGCCCGCAUGGGCUGCCGCAGCCGGGCCAUCACCCAGGGCCAGCGGGUAACCGUGAUGCGUGGCCACUGCCAUCCACCUGACCUGGCAGGCCUGGAGGCCCUGAGGCAGCGGGAGAAACGCCCUGGUACAGCCCAGCGAGGGAGCCCAGGCACCCAGAGAUGGGGAAGAUGGAGCUCUGCCUUCAGGGGCCUCCGCCUCACUAGUCUCCCACCUCCCUUCUCUCUCAGGCUCAGGAAAGGAGCCCCUGGCAGCUCAGGAGGCCCUGAGUUCCUGAAGACCCCUCUAGGGGGCAGCUUCCUGGUGUACGAGUCCUUCCUGUACAGGCGGGAGAAGGCUGCCGGGGAGAAGGUGUACUGGACGUGCCGGGACCAGGCCCGCAUGGGCUGCCGCAGCCGGGCCAUCACCCAGGGCCAGCGGGUGAUGGUGAUGCGCAGGCACUGCCACCCGCCCGACCUGGGGGGCCUGGAGGCCCUGAGGCAGCGGGAGCAGCUCCGUAGCCCGGCUCAGAGGGAAGGCUCAGAAGCCUUCCAGCCUCUGGAGUUCCUGAGGACUUCCCUCGGGGGCAGGUUCCUGGUGUACGAGUCCUUCCUCUACAGGAAGGAGAAGGCGGCCGGGGAGAAGGUGUACUGGAUGUGUCGGGACCAGGCCCGGCUGGGCUGCCGCAGCCGGGCCAUCACCCAGGGCCAGCGGGUGACUGUGAUGCGCAGCCACUGCCAUUCGCCGGACCUGGCAGGCCUGGAGGCCCUGAGGCAGCGGGAGCAGCUCCCCAGCCCGGCCCAGCAGGAGGACCCAGAAAAGAUAAAGCUUCUGCCCGAAGUUCAACUGUGCUGCAAGACUUGUUCUCUUGAAAGCCAACAGAGUUAUGGGGAGGUGGAAGAUACAAAACUUGACGGUGAGUCCCAGUGAGGCCAGUCUCCUCCCCAACUCAGCAGAGGAAUCUUGAGUGUUGUCAGCGUCAAGGAUGCUCCGGGUCCACACAGGGCCCCGGCAUUCCCACCCGGUAGAUUUCGCUUGACAAAUCCUCUCUGUCACUCUUCCAAAGCAUCCAUCCAUGGCCUUCAUGUUUCCUCAAGAGGUCUCUCAGGAUGGUGUCUCCGUGCUGGCCAAGAAAAGCACCAGGAGCUGGCGGCCUGCAGCUGUGUGUGAUGCGGGGGUGUUGUGGGGGAGGCCACAACCUCCAAGAGAUCUGAAGAAGCAUCUUUCACCAAAACACCUCUCCCCUGCUCUGUCGCUUCAAGCUGCAAACACCCAACCAUGUCCAGAGCCCUCAGCUUCGCCAAGGACAUUCUUGUUGAGAGCUGUCCUGUUUCGGCGCCACAAAGUUGAAAGUCAUUGAGGAGGCCCCUUCAAGACAAAGGUGGGGCAGGUGUGGGGAAGUUCCUGCUUCUUCAGGCUGAACCACCCUGCCCAGUUCCAGCCACCCAGGUGUUUUCCGGACAGGUGCCAAGUGGGCCUUCGCACUACUUGGCCACCUGCUGCCAGGGCGUGGCUGUCCCUGCCGGAACAGAGGAGGCCAAAACCAGAUUCCUAGCUCCACCCUCUGUUGGAUUUCUUUUGCUGUUUUUCAACUGAAAUUAAACCCAGUGUCGACAAUGCCCACGGCAGGUGGUGUUCCUGGCAGUGGGAGCCUGCCCGACGUCUGCAGGGAGCCAGCGCUGGGCAGAGGCUACGUGGCUGAGGCCAGCGGGGCCCUGGGUCGCCCACGUUUGCCUGAUGCAGGAGGAAAGGCAGACCAGGAUGGAGGUGGGGGUGGAUCCCCUUCUCCUGUCUAGUAGCGCAGCUGGGAGUCGGCCUACAGUCUGGAAGAUACAGGCUGAUGUCCCCCAUGAACUCCAGAGGUUGCUGCUUGCUAACAGGGUUGCAUCCUCCACAGCAGGCUCCUUGCCCCAACCCUGUAAUUACAGAGGAAGCCCACAGUGCAGGCUCCCUGUCUCCUGGCAAGCUGGCCUUGCAGCCUGCCAUCCAGCUACAGCACAGUGAUAGCUCGCUGUCCCUCUGCCUAUACAUUUCCCGCAAUAAACUCUAUUUUAUAUCUCA